CUCUCUCACUCCCCCCCCCUCCUCCAUCCCUGAUUAGAUAUACCGAUUCCUCCUUUCAAUGGACGUCAUUUAAGCGCAGACUCCUGCCUCGAGUUGCGUCCUCCGCUUCGCGCGCCACAUCUCCUCCACUUCUUCUUCUUUUUUUUUCUUCUUCUUCUUUCCCUCAUUCUUGAGCAACCCGUGUGAUAUCAGCAGCCAUGAACGCGCUCUGUUAGGGAGGGAAGAGGGCGCACCGAGAAGCGGCUCUGUUAUGAGCUCCAGCCCGGGGACGCUGUGAGAGAAGCCGGAGAGCGAGGAGAAACUUUCAGCCCCGAUCCACCAGCAGCUUUUUUUUAUUCUUUGCUGUUUUUUUGUCCUUUUUAAAUGAGGAGCAGCUCGGAUCUUUACAGUUUGGUUCUGAUGGAUUAUCGUCCUGCUGCUGAGGCGCACUGAGGGCCACCGUCAUCCUGCAGGAAACCAGUCUGAUUUUUUUUUCUGGGGGGGCCUUCAACAGUUUUUUUUCUUUAUUUGCUCGCCCCUCUCCUCUAUCUAACACUAACAGUGUUCUCCAAGUGAUUUUUAUUUCAUUUCAUUGAGAGGCACCAACAUUAAACAUGUUAGUGCACAGUUUCUCUGCGAUGGACCGGCACGACGGCACCAGCAACGGGACAGCCAGGCUACCUCAGCUGGGCGGCGUGGGCCAGAGCCCCUACACGAGCGCGCCGCCGCUCUCCCACACGCCCAACUCGGACUUCCAGCCGCCGUACUUCCCCCCGCCCUACCAGCCCAUCUACCCGCAGUCUCAGGACCCGUACUCGCACGUCAACGACCCGUACUCCCUGAACUCGCUGCACGCCCAGCCGCAGUCGCAGCACCCGGGCUGGCCGGGCCAGCGGCAGGCCCAGGAGAGCGGCCUGCUGCACCAGCACCGCUCGCUGCCCCACCAGCUGUGCCGGGAGUACCGCAGGGAGGUGCUGCUGCCGUCCGGACACGGCCUCGACACGGGACUGUCGGACUCUAUCCCCAUCCAUGGAAUACCUCACUCUUUAGAAGACGUUCAGCCUGUUGAGGAUCAAGGAAUCCACAUUCCCGACCAGACUGUAAUUAAAAAAGGCCAAGUCUAAGAACGGAGGCAGAUCCUUGAGGGAGAAGUUGGAUAAAAUCGGUUUGAAUCUACCUGCGGGCAGACGCAAGGCAGCCAACGUCACCUUGCUGACGUCACUAGUCGAAGGCGAAGCUGUGCAUCUUGCCAGGGAUUUUGGUUAUGUAUGCGAGACUGAGUUUCCAGCCAAGGCAGUAGCUGAAUAUGUAAACCGUCAGCAUUCCGACCCAAACGAACAAGUCCAAAGAAAAAACAUGCUAUUGGCCACGAAGCAAGUGUGCAAAGAGUUCACGGACCUGCUCUCCCAGGACCGCUCGCCUCUGGGGAACUCGCGGCCGCAGCCCAUCCUGGAGCCGGGAAUCCAAAGCUGUUUGACCCACUUCAGCCUCAUCUCGCACGGCUUCGGGACCCCGGCGCUGUGCGCGGCCGUCACGGCCCUGCAGAACUAUCUGACCGAGGCGAUCAAAGCCAUGGACAAAAUGUACCUCAACAACAACCCCAACAGUCACUCAGACAGCGGCAGUAAAGGCGGGGACAAAGACGAGAAGCACAGAAAGUGAUGAUUUUUUUUUGUUGUUGUUUGUUUUUGUUUUUUUUCCCCUCAUCUCACCUUCACCUGCAGGGCCACGGUUUUUAGGGCCUUUCUUCAACCCACAGCGCCUCACUUCGCCUCCCAUCCACUAUAAAUAUUAUAAAUAUCUUAUAAAUAUUACCGAUAAAGUUCCUGAUUUUGCAUCCUUUUUUUUUUGGGAUUCGAGAGGAAAUCUUCCUGAAGCAUUGAAAAAAAAAGAAAUAAAAAGAAAAAAGCUGCAGAGGAGCAGCUCAGGGUGAGGGGAAGGUGCACUGCCUCACCUGGAAGACUCUUUAUCCCCCCUCCUCCACUCCCCCUGUUUUUAUUUUUAUUUUUUAUUUUUUAUGAKCUGCACCGAAUGGACUGAAACCCUUCUCUCUCUAUAUAUAUAAAGAUUUCCGAUUGUGACACAUUGAAGCUAAAAGAGGAUGCAUUCUUAUCAGUAUUGUGAAUAAUAAACUUGAAAAAAAGAGGAAAAAAAAAACAGAAACUCCACAGAUCUUCAUGUCAUGACUUCAGUUGUAGACUCCUGCUCUUUCUCUCCAACUUGAACUUUUUUUUUAAAAUAUGAAAUUUCAACACGAUUCGCGGUUAUAUAAGGGAAUCGGUGUUCAUGUAUGUAUAUAUUUAUUUAUGUGUAAUUUAAUGGGAAUUGUAAAUAUGGUGCGUCUGUUGAAACUUCUCUUAUUAUUAUUAUUUUUUUUAUUAUUUAUCUGGUGCCUCCUGUUUUAGUGGGUUUGAAUAUUCGGUUAGUUCUUCAUGUGAUUUUAUGGUUCUAGAAAACAGAAGUUCUUUAGGGGGUUGUUUUUUUAAUUUUUAUUUUUUUAUUUCUCUGGGAUAUAAUUCAGCCCUCUUGUAGCAUGUUUGAGGUGACACUGAAGCAAGUGAACAAAUUUAUUAGAAAUAAAACUUCCAUUUUUUCUCUCUUUCUCAAUAGAAAUCAUCCUGAUCAGUUUAAAUUUGAAAUCAGACCCCGACGGUUUUUUUUAAUUUUCAUUUUAGUGUCCAUUUUAUUUUUGUUUUUCUACAAGCUUUUAUGUGUCGCGCCAAUCAGAUUCACCUCUUGUUCUCUCCUUGAAGCACCAUAAAAGCAAUAAAUAGAAUAUUGUCUUUUUUUCCCUUCAGUGUUCGAUGACAUUAAAAGAAAAUACUUUUUAUUUGGAACCACCUGAUAUCUUGUCAUGUCCGAUAAUGUCCAAAAUUGGAGGCGGUUUUAGCUGUAUUGUAUAGACACGUGCUGGCAAUAGUUCCUAUGCCUGUCUAUGUAUUAUAGUCCUUUGUUGCCCAGAAAAAAAAAUAAAUAUUUGAUACGCUUCAUCA